AUGAGCUCUGGGUUCCCCGUCGACGUGCCCGUCACAGACCUGGACGUGGACGACGAGACGUUCCGAAUUGACGACUACGACGAUGACAACGUUUCGCUGGAUUUGCGCAACCUGAGACCUGCCCCUGAGUCUUUCUUUGGGAAGGUCAAGACAAACUUCCUCAAGGUGUUCCGACAGCGCCACAAGGGCUUUGAGUAUCUCGACACGAUCGAGAUGUUUGACCGCAACCGGUCGGAUUCGAGUUUUGCCGAGCUGGGCGAGUUCGGGCCUGUGAGAAGACGCAACUACAAAAAGCUGUACUUCCACCUUCUUCUAGGCGGGUUUUUGGCUCUCCUGCUGGCCCUCUCGCUUCUCGUCACGCGCACGCGCUCGGGAGGGUCUGUCAGAACGUCAGCAAAGCCUAUUUUGUCGAACGGAACACACGAGUUUUACCCAACGACUAUUCUUAUCUCUCUGGACGGGUUCCACCCUCACUACGUCUCACCGGCCCUGACGCCGUUUUUGCACAAUUUGAUGAUUGGCAAGGGAUAUGCGCCGCCAUACAUGAUUCCAUCGAACCCAACAGUCACGUUUGCGAACCAUUACACGCUGGUGACGGGGCUCAAACCUAUUUAUCACGGUAUCGUCUCGAACCGCUUCUACGACGCCGCAUCGCACGAAACUUUCACCAAUACCAACGACUCGAUCGCUCUGCAGCCCCAAUGGUGGGGCGGCGAGCCCGUGUGGUCCACAGCGGCCCGCCAGGGCGUCAGCAGCGCGGUCCACAUGUGGCCCGGGUCGGAGGUCGAUUAUGGCGCCAACAACAACCCGAUGGAGGUAGACCGGUUCAACAAGUCUGAAGUUCUGUCGAGAAAAAUUGGCCGCAUAUUUGAGUGGCUCGAUAGGCCGCUGGUCUCGCGGCCUGAGCUGUUGUUGUCGUAUGUUCCCACCAUCGAUACCUUGGGCCACGAGUACGGAAUUUCUGGUCCAGAGCUCGCCCAAGGACUCGAAUAUGUGGACAGCUUUUUGGAAGCUGUGUACGUGGGGCUAGCGAAACGCAACCUGACCCAUCUAGUGAACAUGGUUGUUGUUUCUGACCACGGCAUGGCGCCGACUUCCGACGACCGUCUUAUCUAUUUGGACGAUCUGGUGGAGCUUGACAAGAUCGAGCAUCUCGACGGCUGGCCGCUGUAUGGGCUUCGGCCAUUUGCCAAGUUCAGUGUAGAUGAUGUGUUCAGCGAGAUCACUGAAAAAUACCGCGCGGAUCCGCAGAACAGCCACUACACCGUGCACAAAAAGGAAGAUAUCGAGAACGAGCUGUUUGGAGGGAAAAGCCAGUACGACUCGCGAAUUGCGCCAAUAUGGAUUAUCCCGAAAGUCGGCUACGCAAUCACCACGCACAAGUUCAUGGAGAAGAACAAGCACUACACUCCGAAAGGCGUGCACGGCUACAACAACACAGAAGUGCUGAUGAGGUCGUUAUUUAUUGGAACGGGCCCCUACUUUGAGCACAAAAUGGGCUCGUCGUACAAGAUGCUACCAUUCGAGAACACCGAGGUGUACAACAUCGUGUGCGAGUCGCUGAAUCUGGUGCCUGCUCCCAACAACGGCAGUCUGCCUUCAGUGCUCUCGCCGAGCCGCGCGCUGCCCGAGUCGUGGAGGGAAAGCAGGACGUAUCCAGACACGGACUUUGACGUGGAGUGGGUGCACAAAACAGCAACGGUGGACCUUCUGUGGGGCGACGGCCGUGCUGAGCCAGACCUGAAGGAUGGGGGAGAGGAGGAGGAGGAGGAGGAGGAAAAGGAAAAGGAAAAGGAGAAAGAAAAGGAGAAAGAAAAGGAGAAGGAGAAGGUGAAGGAGAAGGAGAAGGAGAAGGAGAAGGAGAAGGAGAAGGAGAAGGAGAAAGAAGGAGAAAAAGAGAAGGGAGAGGAGAAAGGGAAACCUGCCCAAGACGCUAACUCGGACGAUGACGACUCUGGUUCCGACUCUGACUCCGACUCUGACUCCGACCCUGUGCCUCCCCGCAAGCCGCACUUCUCGUUCCACGACAUGUGGGAGUCUGUGGAGGAGGCUGCCGAGGACUUCAUCGAAGAAGUGGAGGAUUUCUUUGACGAGUCGUCCUGA